AUGGAGUGUUUCCGACAAAUCGGCCGUUGCCUCAAGUCCCCAUUCCAGCGCAAGCAAGCACCGAAAGGAUUGGAAAUUGGACACCCAACAAACUUUCGCAAAGAGAAGACGCCGGUCUUCUUCUCGGAUGAUGACACGCUGACAUCGCACAGUCUUGGCUCGGACAAUGACAGUGCGAUGAAGACUAUCGACCUUCCAUCCGCACGAGAGAAGUUCAGGCACCACGUUCGGCGGAUGAGCGGCCGGCUCUCUCGAUCGAAUGACGACCUCUAA